AUGAAGCUCCUCGCCGUCACCGCCCUCUUCCUCGGUGCCGUCAUGGCCGUCCCCACCAACCCCCAUGACGGCUACAACGCCUGCCCCCACGGUCUCUUCUCCGUCGAGCAGUGCUGCGCCAUCAACGUCCUGGGCGUCGCUAACCUUGACUGCGACUCUCCAACCGAGUAUCCUCGUGAUGCCGAUCACUUCCGCGAGGUUUGCUCCAAGAGGGGCAAGUUUGCCCGCUGCUGUGUGCUUCCAGUGGUACGUACGUUUUGUUUCAUGAGCUUUUAG